AUGUGGCCAGCCCACGGCGUGUCCCGAGACGACUACCCCCUUGAACAGUCGGUAUCUACGCAGGAAAAGCAUUACCAAUGCUUAGGGGAGAUUGUCAGUGGGCCAUUGGCCAUCAACCCUGAUCAGUCCAUUCAUCAGCUCGACUUUGAGGUCUCUGACGACGAACUGAAGCGCCUGAGCACGUAUAGCAUGCCUCCGGGCGAACGACAGAUUCUGUGCGACUAUUUUGACGGUUCACUUCGGUUUCGGCUUCGUGUCUGCGAGGUCUCUCUCAAUAGCCGUGGGUCGUUGUCGGAAGCAGCGUGGUCGACAGUGUCGACACAGUGGCCAGCCCAUAUCUACAUCAUGUGCAACAGUCAGGCAGUCAAGAUUCGGCGCAAACUGCACAACGGCCAGGACCAGCCAGCCGAGCUGACAAGGCUGAUUCGAGGAGGGCGGAACGUGGUGAAGCUGUCUGUGCCGAGCGUGGCGCCCAAAGCCGGACAUGCCACGAUGGUGGCGGUGGAAAAGGUGGUGACGCUGACCCAUAGCCGCAUCAUGGCCAUGGUCUCUGAGCGAGGGGUACUUCCUGCGGAAGCGACGAGGCGCAUUGUGCGAGAGCGACUGACACCGGUGGGCCAGAGCGGUGGAGACGACGACGACGCGCCCAUCAUCUUCAGCAAUCUCAGUAUCGACUUGGCAGACCCCUUCACGGCCACCAUGUUCAAGAUCCCGGUGCGCGGGUCCUCGUGCACGCACCUAGAGUGUUUCGACCUUGAGGUAUGGCUCGGCACGAGGCUCGGCAAGUCAGCAUCGGUUCACUCGCUCAAGUGCGGCUGUGGGCUAUGCAGACGCAGCAGGGCACUGGGCGCGGAGCCGUCGCUGACGGACAAGUGGAAAUGCCCACUGUGCGACAAGGACGCCCGACCAGGCAGCCUUCGAGUUGACGGGUUCAUGGUGGAAGUGCGAGAAGCUCUUAUGCGCCAGGGUCUGACACGCACCAAGAGCAUCAACGUCGGGCCAGACGGAACAUGGAGCCCCAAGGCGGAGCAGCCCGACAGCGAGGACGAGAGUGAUGUGGAAGCAGAACCGCGAAGGCCGCCAAAGCGGCCCAAGACGGACCACCAGACGGAGGUUCGGGGGGCGGUCGAGGUGAUUGUCUUGGACUGA